AUGGAGGAAAUACCAAGAGACAUUGGAAUUUCUGACAUAAGUAGCUUCUGGCCUGAACAACGAAAACCACCGCAAAGACUGCAGGGCUGGCUAAAUACAUCAAAGAGUAAACCCAUUUUACGGGCCGUUAAACCGGAGCCCUGUUUUAAUGCAUCUUACCCAACCGAAUUUUCAAUUGAGGAGCAAGAAUCUGUCACUCUGCCAUGCUACAUUCAUAACGUGGAUUUUGAUUCCGUCGUAAUAUCCUGGUGGAAGGAAGGAGAAAUACGAGAAAUAUCUGUCGGGGAGAGCACAAUAAAUUCAAGGUACUCUAUCUACAGAUCGUCUCCAAAUGCGUGGGCCCUGAGAAUUACAAAUGUCACUAUGAAUGACACUGGGGUUUAUAUCUGCCAAAUCAACCUUAAGGUUUUACGCGAAAAGUUUUUCAAAUUGAUGGUGAUCGGUAAGUUAUCCAAUUAUACAUUAAGAAUUAUUGUUUUUGAAUAA